AAUAAAGAAAAGAUAUACUACUAUUCUAGAUCUGUCAUCUGCACUUCAACAUCAACGUCAUCUCCCAUCACUAUCAAAUACUCUUUCUUACUGCUUUCAUCUGCCAGCCCCAGUGUUUCCGUGUCCUUCCUCAUAAAUACUUCCUCCAAUCUAUUCUCAAGUCUAAUCACUCACCUCUCAUCUACUCCUAGAGGAAGAAGAAACCUCAAGAGAUGAGAAAAGACCAUCUCCUAACAUUGUUACUCGGAGUCUCUAUAUCAGCAUUACUAAUCAUAAUCUUCUUCAUCUUCUUAUUCAGAAGAAAAGAGUCAUCCACUGAACAAGAACAAUACGACGUCGAGUCACUCGACCACACCAAACAUGCCUUCUCCUCAAAGACAGAGGAGCUGCUCGUGACGUUUCAAGGCGGGGAAGAUCUAACGAUCUGCGAUAUCCUCGAUGCUCCGGGAGAAGUCAUCGGGAAAUCAAGCUACGGGACUCUGUACAAGGCGUCCUUGCAACGUAGCGGUAAAGUCAGAGUUCUCAGGUUUCUCCGACCGGUUUGUACAGUGAGAUGCGAUGCUAAGGAGUUUAAUGACGUCAUCCAGACGCUUGGGUUUGUUCGACACGAGAACUUGGUUCCUCUGUUGGGUUUCUACGGUGGAAACAGAGGAGAGAAGCUUAUGGUUCAUCCUUUCUUCUCUUCCGGGAAUCUCUCCGACUUCAUCAAAAGUGGAGGUGAUGAAUCCAUAAAAUGGAGCAACAUUUUAAGUAUCACAACUGGAAUAUCCAAAGCUCUUGAUCAUCUCCACACAGGAACGCAGAAACCAAUCGUCCACGGCAAUUUAAAAUCCAAGAAUAUUCUUCUGAACUCGAGUUUCGAGCCUCGAAUCUCUGAUUACGGUUUGCAUCUGCUCUUAAACCAGACGGCAGGGCAAGAGAUUCUUGAUGUCUCUGCAGCCGAGGGAUACAAAGCACCUGAGUUGGUAAAUAUGAAAGAAGUGUGCAAAGAGAGUGAUGUGUAUAGUCUCGGUGUGAUCAUGCUUGAACUAGUCUCUGGUAAAGAAGCUAUUCUUGAUCAUAAGUUGUACCGUCCUGAGAUUCUCACGAGUAAUGAUGAUUUGAGAGAAGAACGUGUACUCAAAUACUUUCAGCUUGCAAUGUCUUGUUGCUCUCCUUCGCCUUCUCUUAGACCAAACAUGAAGCAGGUCUUGAGUAAACUCCAAGACAUCUAUAGUUCUAGACGUUAG